AUGGAUUCUUUUAAGUUGGCCUCUUCGUGUAUUCGACCAUCAGGUGCUGAUAGAAUCACCCUUGCUCGUGGUGUGUAUCGACUUGUUCGAUGGUCUCCUCCCCCUGUUAACUGGAGGAAGAUAAAUGUUAAUGCUUGUUGGAGGAGAAACUUUCUAUGCGGUAAUAUUGGGAUUGUGGUCAGAGACAGCUACUCGGGUUGUAACGUGGUGCGGAGUGUGAGGGUGCAUGCAUUUACUAUUGAGAUGGUGGAGGCUCUUGCCGUUCUGGAAGGGUGUUUAUUGGCAAACAAUUUACAACUGCUGGAGGUGGUGAUUGAAUCGGAUGCGCAAGUUAUUAUGCGGUCCCUUAAUUCUCUUUCUCUGAGUUGUGAUUGGGACCUUUUCCCAAAUCUUAUCCCUGUUCUGGAGAUUGGGAGGAGUUUUCAAUCAUGCUCCUGGUCCUGGGUUCUGCGAGCAACAAAUAGGGCGGCAGAUUUCGUCGCGAGGAAUAUAUCACCGGAGAUGUGCGGCUUCAGCUGGGUUGUUAGACCUCCAUCUUCGCUUGUAGGUAUUUUGAACAAAGACGGUCUUCCUUGUCCUCCUUUGUAA